GACAAAUUAUACAUUGCCACAAAUCAGGUACUAUUUGAUCAUGUUUUUUCAAUUGUCCAUAAAAUUGAGUAAAUUAUGUUAUAACAUAAUGGUAGUGGUAAUAUAAGUUAAACUAAACGUUUAAGUCAAAGAGGUGCUUAUAACAAAAUCAAUAAAAUUAUUGUGAACUAUGUAGAAAGUAUUUUUAGAUAAAUGAUAAAGUGACUCUAGGUGAUUUAAGAUAGAUUUUAAGAAGCAUGAAAUGCAUAAAAGGAUAAUUAAACAGAACACAUUUAAUUCAUUAACAUACAGGAUAAAAACUCCUGAGAAUUUACCAAAGCUAAAAAAUUAUAAAGCUAAUGAGAAUGAAUCAAGUGACUUUCAAUUACCAAGCAUACCACAAAAGAAAAAAGCUUGGAAAGAAGUGGAUGACAGUGAAUCAACUUGGGAUCAAACAAGUGCAAUAACAUCUACAUCUUAUUCAUUAGAAAUUGAAAAUAUUGCAACAAGAAAAGUUUUACAACAAUGGGAAGCUGUUGAAAAUACACUUUACGAAGAUGGGAACCAAGUUAUCCAACCAGCUGUUUUGGAAGAAUGUAUACAAUGGAGAACACAAAUACCUCAUUUAAGAGUAGUUGGAAAAAAUCCGUUUUUAGCAACUAAAACUAAAUAUGAAGAUUUCAAUAUAAAUUAUAAUAGAAUACGAAACAGUUCUGAUUUUUGGAAUGAAGAAGCACUUUCAGAACAUAGUCUUCAAUUAAAGGAAAGAAAAAGUUCAUCCAAGUAUAAAUUACAAAAAACUCCCCAAGAUGAGAUAUUUAAUAUACUUUAUGAAUAUGUAAUAUCUGAAUUAUUUCCAAAUAAAGAAAAUGAAAUUGAUUUGUUACGUGAUGAUUUCAAUGAUGUUUUGCAAAUACAUAUGACACCUGUUCACAGCAAUAAAAGUUUUGCAAAAGGUAUAAAUUGGUUUGAAGAAACAAUUUCUCUUGAAAAUCGGUUUUCAAACAGCAAAUGUAAAGCAAUAGAAGAUCAUACUACAUUGUUACGGAAAGAAACAUCUCGAUUAAACAUUCAAGAAAUUCAAAAAAAAUAUAAUAAUUCUACGCAUAAUGAUAAAAUAAAAAGCGAGGUGGAUAUUAUAGAAGAUAAACUUUCUAGGCCACACACUAGUAGAAAUAAACUUGGAACUGUCUUUAAUGAAAAGAUUGUAGUUAGUCCUGUACCUUAUGUUUUAUCAACUAGGGAAAGUUUCUCUACUGUAAAAACCACACCAAUUAAGUUUAUGGCACAGUCUGUAAAUGAGUCCACUUUCCAAGGAAAAAUUUCAACUUCGACAAGAACUUCAAAUUAUCAGUCCACUUGGCAUACUCCUGUUUCUUCUGCUAUGUGGCCAAAAAAUAUGAAGCUUGCUCCAUUGGAUACUUCAAAACUUCCUCACAGCAAAAACAGAUCUCUAACAUCAUCAUCUGUAACAUCUUUACGCAACAGAAAACCUUUAAGUCCUAUUUCUCGGCCUACUCUUCCUAUUUCUGCACAAACUACUCAUAACAAUCACGAAGGUUUAGAAAUUCAAGGAAAACAUAUAACUCUUGGACAAUCUCUUAAAUUAAGUAUACCUGGUACUUCCUGGGAUUGUAAUGCUGGAAGUAGUAAAAGUAAAAAGAAAAGAAAUUAUUUAAAAAUAAAAUCAUAAUUUACAACUAAUUAAUUAAGAAAAUGAAUUUUAUAAGUUUUAUAAAAUGUAUUUAUUUUUGUGAUAAGAAUUAUUUUAUUACAACACACAAGAGAGAAAAAUAUGGGACCAGGAUAUAAGAGAACGAUUUAAAUUACAUAAAGAAAGAAUUCAUGAUGGUUUUUAUGAUGUAUGUACGAGUGAUGUGUUACAGGUAUUUUACUAUUUAUUUCUUAUUGAAUAAUUUUUAAGUGUAAUUGUUCAUAAAUUCAAAUAUCAAUAAUUCAGCAUGCACAAACGCAAAUAAGAUGAUGAAGAAACAAUUAACAUAAUGAAAAUUAAAAAUUCUAUAUGCUAACAGAAAUAAAAAAGUUCUUUAGCAUUUUGGUAUAGAGAAUUUUCAGUGUUGGUUAAAAUACUCUUUGUAUGUAUAUAUAAACAGACGCAUAUAUUGUUAUGGUUAUCGAUAAGAAACUUCAAUGUGUUGCAGUAUUAAAGUGUACGUUAAAUAUACGAUAUUUUAUGCUAUAUAGAGAAUAUACUCUCUUAAAAGUGAUAGAAGUUAAUGUUCCAAAAGUAAAAAUGUGUAAUUUAAAUGCUCAUGUUGUUUAAUAGAUGAAUAUGUAUACUAUUGUGACUGUCUACCUCACUGAAUGUCUGUACGUUGUUUAAUUAACGCACAUGCUUAUAUGCGCAAGUGAAUAUAUUUUUGUAAUGCACACAUUUGUAAUGAAUGUGCUUGUUAUAAAUAUACAAGUGAUAUGUGUAUAAAUAUU